UUGGGCUCCUCACAGGGGUCAAACAGCAGAACAUCUGGAAACACGUUGCAGGAAAAUCACUGUUGUGUACCACGGAAGAAACAUCUGGAUUUGAAACUGGAACUAUGACAGAUGGUUCUGGCACAGGCAGCUCUCCACUGGUUAGAAUGCUGUUUGCUCCAGAGCAGCAGGACUCUCCGUCUGGUGUGCCCAGUGUGGAAGAGCUCAGUCUGGGCCCGCCCCAAACCUGCUCACAGACACCCAAUGGUUCUGGCACAGGCAGCUCUCCACUGGUUAGAAUGCUGUUUGCUCCAGAGCAGCAGGACUCUCCGUCUAGUGUGCCCAGUGUGGAAGAGCUCAGUCUGGGCCUGCUGUCUCUGAGCCUCCCCUCCUGGAACCAGCCACCCUGGAUCCACCCGGAACCCCAGCGCCCGCCCCAAACCUGCUCACAGACACCCAAUGGUUCUGGCACAGGCAGCUCUCCACUGGUUAGAAUGCUGUUUGCUCCGCCACCCUGGAUCCACCCGGAACCCCAGCGCCCGCCCCAAACCUGCUCACAGACACCCAGAAAAUCACUGUUGUGUACCACGGAAGAAACAUCUGGAUUUGAAACUGGAACUAUGACAGAUGGUUCUGGCACAGGCAGCUCUCCACUGGUUAGAAUGCUGUUUGCUCCAGAGCAGCAGGACUCUCCGUCUAGUGUGCCCAGUGUGGAAGAGCUCAGUCUGGGCCUGCUGUCUCUGAGCCUCCCCUCCUGGAACCAGCCACCCUGGAUCCACCCGGAACCCCAGCGCCCGCCCCAAACCUGCUCACAGACACCCAGCAGCGAUCCGGGUCAGAAUCAAGGUUUCCAAGCCCAAGAGUCCGCCGGUGGGCAUGACCUGCCAAAAGCGAGUCAUGUGAUUCCAAAGCGAGAACCUGUCAACUCUGAGACCAGCGGAAUCUCAUCUGGAUCUGACCAGCUGGUCUCUUUCAGAGUUUCUCCCCCGUUACCCCUGCUGUUGCCCGGUUGGGACGCUUUGGGUUUGAACAAACCCUCGGUCUGCAUCGAGAGAGAGGCAAAGCUUCAUAAACAAGCUGCUGCGGUUAAUGAAGCCACCUACAACUGGGAAGGACGACUUCCCCACCGACACUACAAAUACCCAGUUUACUCCUGUAAAGUGUUUUUGGGAGGUGUCCCGUGGGACAUCACAGAGGCGAGUCUGUUGAACACAUUCAGUGUUUUUGGUUCAUUGAAAGUUGACUGGCCUGGUAAAGACGGAAGACAUCCACACAGUCCUUCAGGAGGUUACGUGUAUCUACUGUUUAAUUGUGAGAAGUCUGUGAAGGCCCUCCUUCAGGCCUGUAUUCAACACCAUCUGCAGUCUGAUGAUUAUCUGGAGUUCUACUACAAACUGUCCAGUAGAAGAAUUUACAAAGAUGUGCAGGUCAUCCCGUGGGUGAUCUCAGACAAUAAUUUCAGCCGUUAUCCCACCCAGCAUCUCUAUAACAAUAAGAUGGUGUUUGUGGGCGCGCUGCAUGGCAUGAUAACUGCAGAGGCUCUGGCCCACAUCAUGGACGACCUUUUCGGAUAUGUUCUGUUUGUAGGAAUUGACACGGACAAGCACAAAUAUCCUAUAGGUUCUGGCAGAGUGACCUUCAGAAGCCAGAGGAGCUACUUCAAAGCUGUGACUGCUGCAUUUGUGCAAAUAAAAACCUCCAAGUUUACCAGGAAGGUCCAGAUUGACCCAUAUCUGGAUGACUCUUUGUGCCAAAUGUGUAGCAGUCAGCCCGGCCCAUUCUUCUGUAGGGCACAGGCCUGUUUUAAAUACUAUUGUCGGGCCUGCUGGCAUUGGCGGCACUCUGUGGAGGUUUUGAGCAGUCAUCGACCUCUCAUGAAGAACUGUGCAAAAAUGUGUGUGCAUGAGAAAGAGAAAGCUAGUUUAAGGGAGGUGGCCGGGAGAGAAACUGCCACCUGAUUUUAAGACUAGUUUAUUAUUGCCCCAUUACCCUAGAUUCUUGCUGAAGCUGUGCCAAAGAGCAUCCUUCACUUCCUUGUUACUUACAAAUGUAGAUGAUGUUCAGAUAGGACAAAAUAAAGUUGUUGAAGCAUUGCAUCAUUGGAUGUUCUGU